CUACUUUCCACAUUACAAGUGAGCGCUCUGCGAUGCUGGGAGUCAGUGUUGGUAGAAGAAGGUUGAACCUGAAAAGUUUGAACGUGUUGGGAUUAUGGAUACUUCAGAGAAAGCAGAGUAUAGUAUCAGUGUCAUCAUCGUUCUCAAGAGCCAGAGCCCCCCUUGAUAUGGCGGCAAAAGAUGGUGAGCUGCGAGUCUUCAUUGUUGCUGGUGAGGUUUCAGGGGAUUCUAUCGCUUCUCGUCUCAUGGCGUCCUUGAAGAAUCUGUCCCCUUUUCCUGUCCGUUUUGCUGGUGUUGGAGGGAAUAAGAUGUCCAGUGAAGGAUUGAAAUCUUCGUUUCCUAUGGAGGAUAUUUCAUUUAUGGGAAUAUGGGAGCUACUGCCCUAUUUGUAUACUAUCAGAGUGAAAUUGAAGGAAACUGUUGAGGCAGCAGCUAAAUUUGAUCCUCAUGUUGUAUUAACAGUUGACUCAAAGGGUUUUUCUUUUCGGUUUUUGAAGCAGCUAAGAGCUAGAUACAAUCAGAAAAAAUUGCCUUCACCAGUACACUUCCACUAUGUUGCACCAUCAUUCUGGGCAUGGAAAGGAGGUGAAGCAAGACUACGAGGGUUAGCAGAAUUUGUGGAUCAACUCUUGUGUAUACUUCCAAAUGAGGCUGAAAUAUGUAGAUUAAAUGGUCUAGCAGCAACCUUUGUCGGACAUCCUGUGAUAGAAGAUGUUCUAGAGUUGAAAUCGAGAAACAAAUCAUCUGCCCUUGAAUUGAGGGCCGAAGGAAGUGGUGAAGAUUUCCGUAGUAAACAUGCAGUGCCCUCAGGAGCGACUGUCAUUAGCUUGCUUCCUGGAAGCAGAGUACAAGAAGUCACCCGGAUGCUACCGAUCUUUGCAAACACAGUUGAGCUAUUGAAAGAGACAUUUCCUCGAUUGAUGACAGUCAUUCAUGUUGCAUCCAAUCAGAAUGUGGAAGAUUACAUUGCUGCUGCAGUUCAUAAAUGGCCAGUUCCUGUCAUAUUGAUUCCAGGUGGAUCAACAAACCUAAAAUAUGAUGCUUUUAGUGCAAGCAGAGUUGCAUUAUGCACAUCUGGCACAGCAGCUUUGGAGCUUCAGCUUGCAAGAACACCUUGUGUAGUUGCAUAUCGAGCACAUAUUUUGACUGAAUGGUUUAUUCGGUAUAAAGCAAAGAUACAAUACAUUUCUCUGCCCAACGUUCUCUUAAAUUCAGCCAUUAUUCCUGAAGCACUUUUUCAAUCUUGUUCACCUGGGAACCUAGCCUCAUUGGUCAAGAAUUUAAUGCAUGAUGAUGGCUGUCAAAAAGAGCAAAUAGUUGCAGCUGAAAAGGUUUUCAUACUUCUGCGCCCGUCGGAGAGGAUAGUGCAUAACAUGCAUCAGGGAAGCAUUAUCAAUCUUCACUGCACUCCAAGUGCAGUUGCAGCAUUGACUGUAUUAAAUUAUGGAAGGCAGAAUUCUGUCAUAAAUUAUGGAAAGCCAUGAUCAACAAUUUUCUGACUCAUAGCCAGGCCUGAACUUAUAAUGGGCUAGGCCGUGUUUAUGCUUGGCCUGGUGCCCAAUGACAUACUGGGCUGGAUUGGCUAAUCUGGGUUAGUUGGGCAUGACUGCCCCAUUUAAAGAAAGUUCAGCGCUCAUAUUUUUGUAACCAUUGGAUUAUUUUGAGCUUAUGAUUAUUUAUUUUGAUAUGUCUUGGC